AUGGGCAUCAUUCGACGGAGAAGCAGGCGGGCCAGGCUCACGUUGCGAGUGCAUGCGAUCCAGGCUCAUGACGUUACAAUGCAAAACUCGGGAUGCAAUCCCGUCUGCCUGGUGACCAGCAAUGGCGUCUUCAGCCGAACGGCGAAGCUGAAAAACACAACUUCGCCGCACUGGGAUCAAAUGCUCAAACUGAAGCUACCUGAGCGGCCUACGUCGGAGUAUCUGCGGGUUGUGGUGUAUGACGCGCUGGCCAGCACGGUGGACGAGAGCGCCGUGGACGAGUUCCACACGCGUAGCGCUGGGCUCAACGACCUGGACAGUUCAGCCAAGUACCUCUACCUGGGUGAAACUCAGCUAUCCCUGCGGGACCUUUUCCGCCGCAAGGACCAACCCACUAGCUAUAAGUUCUCUAGGGAUGCGGCUUGGUACCCUCUGUACAACAAAAACGCGCUCAGAUUCGAACAUACGGAUAUGCAGAACGCACCGGCCGCGAUGGCCGUAGGGGAAAUCCAGUUGGCUCUGUCGCUGUCCUGUACGAAAGGCCAGAGUCUCUUCAAAGCAUUCAACAGCUGGCAGAGUGCGUUCUCUGAGCCUCGCAGCUCCAGCAGCAUGAGUUCCUCUAUCUCUGCGGCGGCCAAAAGCGGCUCUGACGGACCGUCGAGUUCAGCUGCUGGCAGCGGCAUAUUCGAUGAUUUCGAUGAGGAAACAAACUUCGACCUCAUAACCCAGGACCCGUCGAUGGACGAACUGGAACCGACUGAAAACGACUUAGAGGGCUUGCAGUUUAUCUACAGUAAGUUGGAAGACGAAGACGGCGUCGAGGACAUCAGCUCGUCGUCCGACGAGCUGGAACCUGGUGCGCAGUUGAAUUUCACCAAAGUGGCUACCGCACUUGACGAAUAUGAUGUCGCGAUUUCAAGAUCUGACUUUGACCCCUCCUCUGGUAACUCCCGGGUGAGCACGCCACCAUUGAUUUCCGAGGACGAUUUGAUUGACGAGGACAACGCUAGCUCCAGCGACAGCAAAGAGAGCAGAUACGUGCGCAUGAUACAAACUCGAAAACGGAGGCCUCGCCGCCCUCGUAAAGGCAACGCGAGUGCCAAGUUCGAACUAUCGAAACGAGGUCAUGCUGCUGGCGUUGCAUACGUUGACAUCGAUAGCAUAAAUGAUCUCCCGACGCUUAAGAACAAGUUCUCGAAGAAGUAUAUGAUGGAUCCUUUUAUAAUCAUAACGUUCGGGCGCAGGGUUUUCAAAACUUCUUGGAGGAAGCACUCGCUCAACCCAGUUUAUAAUGAACGUCUGGCGUUUGAGGUAUACGAGAAUGAAAUGAAUUUCAGCUUGCAUUUUCGCAUCAUUGAUAAGGAUAACUUCUCGUACCAUAACAACGUUGCCAAAGGCGAUGUUUCAUUAACAGAUCUCAUCAAUAGACAGCAAAAAAGCGAAGCGGGGGAAGAGUGGGUGGCCAUGCACAUUCCUUUACAGUUCAACAAAACAAUAGACUCCAGUAUCUCCCCACCAAUUCUGAACCUGAAAGCAAAAUUCGUCUCUUACACAGAUCUCAAAAAGCAUUUUUGGGAAAAAGCUCUGGAUCUAUUGACAAAGCAAGAAACAUUUGACGUGAUUGACAUCAAUCUGCUCAUGGAGAAACUUGGAUCCUUCUCAGAUGAAGAGAUCGAGGACUUUUUCUAUUUUUUUGGCAAGUCCCCUUGGGCGCAUGACAAGCUCAGUCGCGAUGAGGUUAUAAGCUAUUUGCAACAGUCAAAGAAUUCAUCUGGAUUUAAAAAGCUAAAGAAAUGCCCCUUGUGCUCCGGUUGGUGCAAGAGCACUAGAAAUGUUGUCAAAUCAAAACUUAUCCUCGAAAAUGAUCUGGUAACGCAUCUCUCGAUUUGUUCUUCGAACAGCGAAAAAAAGAAAAUGCUCAAAGCCUCCUACGUCUCGUCAGACUUUGCAUCCAAAAGAUGGUUUUCAAAGUUCUUAAUAAAACUAACGUAUGGAAAGUAUGCCCUUGGUUCUAAUAACGCCAAUAUAUUGGUCCAGGACAGAGACACGGGCAUCGUUCUCGAGGAAAAGAUUAGCGCACAUGUUAAAGUGGGCAUCCGAAUCAUUUAUAAUGCAAGGGGAACGGAGUCCAAAAAGUUCAAAACUCUUUUAAGGAACCUGUCCAUCAAACAAGGCCGAAAAUUUGAUAACCCCUCGUCUGUAAGGCAAAUUGAUUCGUUCAUCAGGUUUCAUUCACUUGACACUUCCGAGUGCGAGGAAACAGAGUACAAAACGUUCAACGAAUUCUUCUAUAGAAAAUUGAAGCCAGGAAGCAGGUCUCCCGAGGUUGAAAAUCCUGAAAUUCUGCUGUCGCCGGCAGAUUGCCGAUGCACUGUUUUUUCGAAUAUCAAGGCCUCCAAAGAAAUAUGGAUCAAAGGGAAAACUUUUACAAUAACUAAAUUGACUAACUCAUACCACCCCGAAAUCUACAAUGAUGCUUCUUGUAGCAUUGGUAUAUUCCGUUUGGCUCCGCAAGAUUACCACCGCUUUCAUUGUCCAUGCGAUGGUGUAAUUGGAAAGCCGCAAGAAAUAUCUGGCGAGUACUACACUGUCAAUCCAAUGGCGGUCCGCACUGAACUUGAUGUCUUCGGCGAGAACGUUCGUGUUGUUGUACCUAUUCAUUCCAAAGAAUUCGGCACCAUCUUAUACAUCGCAGUUGGUGCAAUGAUGGUAGGCUCGAUUAUCCUAACCUGUAAAGAAGGCGAGACUGUCGAAAGGGGGCAAGAGCUCGGUUACUUCAAGUUUGGGGGCUCUACUAUUUUGCUUGUUGUACCAUCCCAGAACGUAAUGUUUGAUACUGACUUGCUUAAUAACUCAAACGAAAGAAUAGAGACCUUAGUAAAGGUCGGUAUGAGUAUAGGGCACACGCCGGCAGUCAAAGAGCAUAAACGUGAAAAGCGCGUCCUUUAUAGCAAAGAAGAUAUUGACCGCAUUAAGAGAACUAUUUCGGUUUCGGACGAAACUGUCGAAAAGGCUGAUAAUGCUCCUUGGGAAUAUCAUAGCUUGAGAAAACUCGCUCCUCACCAUCACUCUGCUGAGACAACAGUUUCAUCAGAUCCCACUGAGACUGCUAGAGAGCUUGACCUGCUAAGUAUAUUUUCAGAUUGA